AUGUCCAGUGUUGAAUAUGAAAGUAUUUCUUCAGUUUCGAACAAAAGUGCAUUUGUUNCCAUUCGACAGAAUUUGUUGCCACCGAAUCAUCUGUUAAUCGCUCGAUCUCUGAAUGAUUUAGCUGCAAUCUGUUCGUUCGUUUCUGAUUUUAAAAAAGCGAUUGAAUACAAUGAAGAAGCUCUUUCAAUAGAUCAGAAAUUCUUUCUACACGAGCACAUAUUAAUCGCCAAGGACUUGAUUUAUUUGGGAAAGAAUUACCUGGCAAAUAAUGAAUUAGACAGAGCAUUGUUUUACUUUGAUAAAGCUCUCAAAAUGCAAAAGCGUGUGUUGUCUCCUGUCGACGAACAUUCGACAAUUGCCAGUACAUUGUGGAGUAUCGGUUUAGUCUACAGUAAAAGACCUGAUUACAAAUGCGCACUUGCCAACUUCGAACAAGCGCUUCAAAUGUACGAAAUGAUACUACCAUGUGGUCACGAUCAAAUAAUAAACAUUCUCUCGGCAAUUGUCGAUGUUGAUAUUGCAAAAGGAAAUUUUCAGAAAGCGUCAGAGCUUUGCGAAACAAAAUUAAAUUAUUGUAUGUUGCAAUUAGAAGAAGAUCAUCCAAGUAUUGGCAAAAUGUAUAAAUUGAAAGGUUAUAUUGCAUUCAAGCGUGCUGAUUAUGAUGAAGCAUUAAAUUUGUUUCAGAAAGCAAUACAGAUAUUGCAGAAACAUCAAAAAUCUGAAUACGACUCGAUUUUCGAUUGUUUAAAAGAUCUUGUUGAAACAGCGAAAUAUAAAGAAGACCACUUCGAUGCUUUCAAGUAUUUGUCUCUGGCAGAACAAGUGCAAAAGAAAAUAUAUUUACACGAGCAGCCGCAAGUUGGUGAAUUACGUCGACAGGCUGGUUUAGUUCAUAUGCAUUUCAAAACCUAUCGCGUUGCAGAAGAUUAUUUUCGUGAAGCUUUACGAGUAUUCAGAAGCAAUUUCCGAGAAGAUCAUGUGGAUGUCGAAACCACGUUGGAAUAUCUGAACAAAGUGAAAGAAAUACAGCACAGAUACUAA